GUUUGGAGCACUUCAAGGACAUCGGCGUCCCAGCCACACUGCAAGACCCCAUUGCGCGGGCGGCGAUUGCAGAUGGCACCUGCCGCUUAGUGGUGCCACCGGGAUCUGGUCCCUUUCCCCUGGACGGCUACGAUUUCUGGCACCACAACCCGGAAAGAGUGAAUUCCGUCCUAAAGGCCUUGGCUGAGUUGCCCUCCAGCUCCCAGCCCUCGAAGUUCGUGAGGGCGGCAAAGAAGCAGCUCCCGAAUGCCUGCUUCUUCGGUCUCCGAGCAGAGACCAGCAAGCUCGAGCUCUAUGAGCCGUCUGCCUUGGCCAAGACGCUUUCCAACUGGCACCGGGUGCUUUGCGACCCGAAUUGCGACGACCCCGCAGAGGAGCCUCAGCAGCAAGCCCUCACCACCGGCUUCAUUUGCAUGGCGGUUUGCGACACGGCGAAGAUGAAGCUGACCUCUGCCGCUAUGGGCAGCUUCUCACAAAGUGUAGCAGCGGCUCAAUCAACAGCGACAAGCAUGUGUGCUGCCAUGCCAUGGACCAUCACAAGAGGGCCACUAACGCCACUGGAUGGCCUGAAAUCCUACGACGCGAUUGCUGCAGCGACUACGCCAUGGCGAAAGGUAUGUGGCUGCACCGCAUGA